GAUAAACAUUACGAACAUGUGCUUUCGGUUCAAUAUUGCCGGUUUCACCUCGUGAAAAAUGCUUUGUUUUGUGGCGAGCUGUAACCACCAAAGCUUGCGGGAAACUUGCAGCUUCUUCAGGUUCCCAAAGAAAUCAAUAAAGUUAUGGGAAAAACUUUGCAGGAGACAAGAUAGGACAGUAACUGCAGCUGACAGAAUAUGCAGCUGUCAUUUCAAAGAUGGAAAAAAAGAAAAUGGACCAACUAUCUUCCCUUGGAAUCAAGGGCAGUAUUUUGACUUUGGAGACCCUAAUGCUAUUUCAAGACAAUGCAAACAGAGCCCAUCUGUAAACCAGGGAGAAGAAAAUGCGGUUAUGGUGGAAGAGACAGAAGCUGCACAACCAAUUCAAUCAUUUAGUGAGGGUUUUGACCAUGACCAGCAUCUACUGCGACACGGGACCGUUACAAGCACCUACUGCGAUAAAGAGUCAAAUUUAUUAAAACAAAUCCAAGAAAUUGAACAACAAAUUGACAAGUUGACAUCAGAAAUAGCCAUUCUUAAGACUAGGAAACAACCUUUCACCAUAAGCCAGAUCAUCAAUGAUGAAAAGAAGAUGCUGAUGUACACCUCCUUGAAAGCAGACAUGUUUAGAGUAGUGGACUCAACUAUUCAGAGAUUUCCAUUAACAUAUGUCAACAACUGGACACCAGCAGUGAUUUCAAGAACUGACCAGUUAUUAAUGACACUGAUGAAAUUGAAGCUAAACUCUCCCAAUUUAGAUUUAGCUGAGAGGUUCAACACAAGUAAGACAACAGUGCAAAAUAUUGUGGUUACACAUAUUUUUGCUUUGCAUGAGGUGUUCUUUGAGGGCAUGAUUGAAAAUAACAUUCCCUCCCUCUUAAAGUGCAAGUCCUCUAUGCCGACAAGUUUUGGUGAUUUUAAUUGUUGCCGUCUUGUGAUCGAUGCGACAGAGGUGACCCAAGACGUUCCAGGGCAGGAUAUGUUAGCACAGUCUCAAACUUAUAGCUCAUAUAAAAACAGGCACACCGUAAAAUCUGUUACAGGCGUUGCCCCUAACGGAGCUGUGGUAUAUGUAAGCAAACUUUACCCAGGAAGUACAUCUGAUGUGGCCAUUGUUGAACACAGUAAAAUGCUCUGCCAGUUGAAACCAGGGGAUAUGAUUCUGGCUGAUAAAGGUUUUACUAUUCACUCUCUCCUUCCAGCAGGUGUGCAUCUCAACAUCCCUCCUUUCUUGAAAGACAAAGGACAAUACACUCCUGCCGAAGUGCAACUGUGCAGAAAAAUUGCCAGAUCUCGUAUCCAUGUAGAGCGGGUAAAUGAAAGAAUUAAGAACUUUGAGAUAUUAUCUCACAUUCCUCACAAGUUUAGACAUUUAAGCACGAAAAUUUUUCAAGUAUGUUCUAUACUAGUCAAUUUUCAAGAUCCAAUGAUUGCAGAGAUUGCAGAUAAUUACAUUCAGGCUCAAGAUUUAGACACUCAUUAAUAUAUGAUAUAAGAAUGUAGAGGUGGAGCAAAUGUAAUUUAUUUCAUGAGAGGUUCCAAGUAUUUGUAAUUGUGUUCAGCUUUAACAUGUAUUUCUUUUAUGAUAUUCAUACCCUAAAUUGAUAUUGUAAAUGUAAGUGUAACAAAGUUUUGACAAACCCAACCUUGCUUCAAGUAGAGUGCUAUGUAUAAGUGCCAGGAAAAUAAAGGUUGUAUUAUAUGUAUCAUAAAUCUUGUAAACAACUUUGAAAAGAGCAUUUUAAGGUAAAUAGUAUGUUGUCAUUGACCUUUACAAAGAUUCUUUGAAAAUACUCCAUUUAUCAUUAUUUUUUGCAAAAAAGCAUGUAUAUUUUAAAUUCUAUAAUAUCAUGAAAGCUAGCAAAUUUUACAU